UUAUCUUGUGCACAUUAUCUGCGUUGGGCAAGAUGAGGGAGCAUAGCAUCCUUCCCUUGGUGGCUACAUUCUGUCUUGUGCUCUCUGGAAUAAGUAGAGUGGAUGCACAGGAAGAUGAUUCAGCAGACCUGAUUUUUCUCAUUGAUGGCUCAAAAAAUGUUGGAAGAAACAACUUUUCCAUCCUCCGUGACUUUUUGGUGAAUUUUGUGGAUCGACGACUGGACAUAGGAAGGAGUCAGAUACAAGUGGCAGUGGUGCAAUAUAGCGAUGAAGCCAAAAUAGAAUUCACCCUGGAUGAACACGCAACCAAAUCUCAGCUUUUAUCAGCCCUUCGAAAUCUGCAGUUUAGUGGUGGGGAAGAGGCAAACUUGGGGGUCGCUAUUGAUUAUGUGGUGGAAAACCUUUUGAGCACUGCUGCUGGCAGUCGGAAAGAAGAAGGAGUCCCACAGUCGCUGGUGAUAAUCACUGCUGGAGCAUCUAAUGAUGAUGUCAGAGAAGCCUCAAAUGCUUUGAAAAUCAACAGAAUCAUCACCUUUGGCAUUGGUGUGGAUAGGGCAGACACUUCUGAGUUGCAACAGGUUGCAUCAGAUGCAUCGUUUGUAUUUGUUGCUCCACAGUUCUCACUUCUACGUGAUCUGGAGAUUCAGCUUAUUCCAUACAUUGCUGGGGUAGCUCAAAGGACCAUAGUCCUAGAAGCCCCAACCACUAUAACUGAAGUUGUUCAAGUGAACAGAAGGGACAUAGUAUUUUUAGUCGAUGGCUCCAGUGCAAUUGGAGGCGCCAACUUUGCAGCAAUCCGUGAGUUUAUUGUUAAGAUAGUCAACAGGCUUGAAAUUGGUUCAGAUCUUAUGCAAGUGGCACUGGCUCAAUAUGCUCGAGAUGUCAGGCCUGAAUUCUACCUAAACACUUAUAACAACAAGAAGGAUUUGAUAGCACAAAUAAAGAAAAUGAAGAUCAUGAAUGGCACUCCCCUAAAUACAGGAGCUGCACUGAACUUUGUCCGGACAAAUUUCUUUACUACUUCUGCAGGAAGUCGCAUUUCUGAAAAUAUCCCACAAAUUCUAGUCCUCAUCACCGGAGGGCAAUCAAGAGAUGAAGUUGCUCAACCAUCUCUCGAGCUAAAGCGGGCAGGCAUACUUACCUUUACAGUAGGUUCCAAAAAUGCUGACCAAGCAGAGCUACAAGAGAUCGCUUUUGAUACGUCAUUGGCUUUCCAACCCAGCGAAUUCAAGCAAGUUCCUCUGCAAGGUUUCCUGCCCACCCUGCUGACACCUUUGAAAACACUCUCUGGAUCUGUCAUUGUUGAAGGACCAACUGAAGUAAUUAACCAAAGAGAUAUCGUCUUCCUAUUGGAUGGGUCUGUCAACGUUGGAAAUGCCAAUUUACCAUACGUGAGGGAUUUUAUCGUCAAUUUAAUUAACAGAUUUGACAUCAGAAGUGAUGGCACCCGAAUUGGCCUUGCUCAGUUUAGUGACACCCCUAAGACUGAGUUCUAUCUAAACACAUUCAGUACAAAAUCUGAUCUCACAUCCCGUGUGGGGCAGCUGAGACUCAAGGGGGGUAAUGUCCUAAACACUGGUGAAGCUCUUCAAUUUGUUAUUCGAAACUUUUUCACAAGCAGCGCGGGCAGCAGAUUGAAUGAGAGGAUUCCUCAGCUGCUGGUGGUUCUCUUGGCCGGGCCGUCUUCAGACAACAUUCAGGCAGCUGCUAAUGAACUCAUAAAUUCUGGGGUUUUGACCUUUUGCAUUGGGGUCAACAAUGCUGAUAAAAGUGAGCUGGAGGCCAUUGCAUUCAAUCCAACACUUGUUUAUGAGAUGGAUGAUUUCAGUUCAUUGCCAGGCUUUAGCCAGCAAAUUUUCACACCUCUUUCAACUUACGUUAGAGGAGAAGUUACAGAAGUGACAGUGACUACCACAGCUGAUGAAAGUGCAAAGAGAGAUAUUGUGUUCUUGGUUGAUGGCUCAGAUGGUGCCAGAACCCUUUUCCCAAGUUUCAGGAACUUCAUUCAGAGAAUAGUGGAGAAUCUUGAUGUUGGUUUAGACAAAACACGAGUAGCAGUCGUCCAGUACAGUGAUACCACCAGGCCAGUCUUUCUUCUUAACACCCACACAGAUAGCCAGUCAAUGGUUGGCUCCAUCAGACCCAUGACACCCAUUGGAGGAUCUCCACUGAACACCGGUUCUGCUUUAGACUAUGUUACCAGGAAUGUCUUUAUCAGUUCUGCUGGAAGCAGAGCAUCUCAGGGAGUGGCACAAUUCUUGAUACUUUUGACAUCUGGUAGGUCCAAUGAUGAGACAAGCAGGCAAGCCGCCCUUCUUAGGGCCAGUGGUGUUGUGACUUAUGCCAUCGGAGUAGGAAGAGCUGACCAGGCAGAACUACAGAACAUUGCCUUCUCUCCAAGAUUUAUUCUGUUUGUUCCCGAAAUCACACAGCUCCAGAAUGCUUACCAAACAAUCUCUCAACAAGUCAGCCAAACCUCCAGGAAGGACAUUGAGAUGGUCCUCACAUCAUUGCCACCUGUUAGAGAAAGCAAAAGGGAUAUAUUAUUCCUCGUUGAUGCCUCUAGCAAUGUAGCUGGUAAAUUUCCCUUGGUUCGUGAUUUCGUCCUUGGCAUUACGGAGUCCCUCAACAUCAGUCCAGAUGAUACCCGUGUGUCUGUGGCUCAAGUUGGUGAGACUGUCAAAGUGGAAUUCAAAUUUGACUCUUUUCCCUCCAAGCAAGAGGUCAUUAAUGCUGUGAAGAGGAUGAGAUUAAAACCUGACAGAAGAUUCAACGUAGGUGCAGCUCUAGAUUAUGCUCACAGCAACCUCUUCACACCAGAAUCUGGGAGCAGAAUUCAGGAAGGGGUUCCACAGUAUCUAGUAUUGCUUUCUGCUGGUCGGUCUGAGGACGAUGUAGAAGCACCAGCAAAUAAGCUCAAAAGUUCUGGUGUCGUAACGUUUGCUGUCAAAGGAUCUACCGAUGUUGAUAGUGAUCAACUUGAGAAGAUUGUUUUGGCACCUCAGUUUGUUGUGUCCGCUGAUUCCCUGGCAGAUAUUGCAACAAUCCAGCCACAGUUUACUUAUUUGUUGAAGACCAUUACCGUUGAGGCACCAACAGUAGUCUAUGAUUUAAACCAAAGAAAAGAUAUUGUCUUCCUGCUUGAUGGUUCUGAUGGUGCCCGAUCAUUUUUCCCAUCUCUUCGGUCCUUCAUUCAGACAGUGGUGGAGAAACUUGAUGUGGGCCAGAACAGGAUACGUGUUGGUGUUGUUCAGUACAGUGAUACCACCAGACCUAGCUUUUUACUUAAUGCUCAUCCUGAUCGCCAAGGGGUAGUGAAUGCUGUUAGACGAUUAACUCCAAUUGGUGGUUCACCAUUAAACACAGGAGCAGCUUUAGAUUAUGUCACUACAAAUGUCUUCACCGGUGCAGCUGGUAGUCGAAAAGAUGAAGGAGUGCCACAGUUCUUGGUUUUGUUGACCACUGGCAGAUCGAGAGAUGAUGUAAGGGGGCCAGCAAAUGCACUAAAGAGACGUGAAAUCGUUCCAUUUGCCAUUGGUGUCAACAGAGCUGACUUAACUGAGCUACAGAGUAUCUCUUUUGUUCCUGAUUUAGCUUAUUCAUUCUCUGAUAUCACUCAAUUGGGAAAUGCCUACCAAACUUUCACAACAAGAUUGUCUCAACUGACUCGUGGAGAAAUAGAAGUUCUGAGACCAAGCACUCCUUCCACAGGAGUAAAGAGAGAUGUGGUUUUUCUUGUUGAUGGGUCAAGGGAAGCUACACGUGAGUUUGAAAACAUCCGUGAGCUAAUUGGAAAGAUCGUGGAAGGGAUGGAUGUCAGUCCAGAUAGCACUCGAGUGUCUGUUGUCCAGUACAGUGACAAUGCCAGGGUGGAUUUCCUGCUAAAUGCUCAUUCCACAAAGGAUGAGGUGCAGAAUGAAGUGCGGAGACUGAAACCCAAAGGUGGAAAUGUAGCGAACAUUGGAAGUGCUUUAGAAUACGUAUCACGGAACAUAUUCACUAAACCAGCCGGAAGUAGAAUUGAAGAACAAGUUCCUCAAUUUCUCAUUCUUACAGCAACUGGUCCUUCUGCUGAUAAUGUGGAUGAAGGGGCAACAAGGAUUAAAGAAUCUUCUGUUGUGUCCUACGUGAUUGGAAAGAACAUAGAUACAGAGGAAGCCAAAAAGAUCACUUUGAGUGAAGAUUUUGUACUCCCUGUUUCCAGCUUCCGUGAGCUGCCCAAUUUGGAACAAAGACUGAUCACAUCUGUUACUGACUAUACCCCGGAUAGGGUAACAAAGCUGUAUUCAGGCUAUAAGCCAGUCCCUAAAGGGCCAGCUGGGGAAAAGCAAGAUAUUGUAUUUUUGAUUGAUGGAUCCACAAAUACAGGCUCUGAUGGACUGGCCCGCAUCCGGGACUUCAUAUAUAGUGUUGUGCAGAAACUACAAAUCGGAGAUAAUCAAGUUAGGGUGGGUGUUGUCCAGUUCAGCAAUGAUGCCUUUACUGAAUUCAAGCUAAACCAAUUUUCAACACAACAAACUCUGCUCGACAAUAUCCGUCGUUUGCGACACCGUGGAGGGGCACCUUUAAAUAUUGGCAAAGCAAUGGAGUAUGUUGUAAGUAAUCUGUUUGUGAAAGCCAGUGGUAGUAGAAUAGAAGAAGGGGUUCCACAGCAUCUGGUCCUUUUAACCGGUGGAAAAUCUCAAGACGACGUGAGGGGUGCAGCCAGAAGCCUUGGGAGUGCCAAUAUCAAACCCCAUGCAGUGAUAACCAGUGGUACCGACGUUUCACAGAUACAGACCAUUAUUUCAGAUCCUCGAUAUAUAUUUUCUGUCAAAGAAUUUGCAGAACUCCCAACAGUACAAGAAUUUUUACUCAAGUCUUUUAAAGGUCCUGUUGAGAUCACUACAAUAGUAGACCCACAGCAACCUGACCGAAAAGAAGCAGAUAUUGUCUUCCUUGUGGAUGGAUCAAUAAAUUUGGGAAGAGAUAACUUUAAGGAGGUCCUACUGUUUGUAUCUGGCAUAGUAGAUGCAAUUUAUGAAGAAGGAGAUUCCAUCCAGAUUGGUCUGGCCCAAUACAACUCUGACGUGACAGAUGAAUUCUUUCUGAAGGAAUACACUGAUAGAGAUGCCAUCAUAGAGGCCGUCACCAAAGCUGAGUACAAGGGAGGCCGCUUAGCCAGUCUUGGUACCGCUAUCGGUCACUUGCAAGACAAGCAUUUUGUAAAGCCAGCAGGUAGUAGAAUUGGAACCAAUGUCCCACAAGUGGCAUUCAUCAUUACUGGAGCUAAGACCGUGCAGGAUGGAGAGGCUGCAGCAUUGGCCUUGACAAAUAAAGGUGUACAAGUCUUCUCAAUAGGAGUUGGCAGUAUUGCUGGUGAUGAAAUUUCCAAAAUAGCAAGUAAUGCACCAAGUGCUUUCCGAGUACCCAAUGUACAGGAGCUUUCUGAACUGAAUGAGCAAAUUCUGAUCACUCUUAACACUGCUUUGACUAAACCAACUGUUCUGUGUCCCAAGAUUUCAGAAACUAAAGAAUGCAAGCUGGAGGUAAUUGUUGGAUUUGAUGUAUCUGGAGUCACUGCUGGUCAAAAUAUCUUCUCCGUUCAGGUGGCUCUGGAGUCUAAACUGAGGAAGAUUCUGGAGAGCAUUUCCAAAAUGCACCCAAUAAGUUGCUCUGGUCAACAAGCACCUUCAGUUAAAGUGUCUGUUUUGUCACAAAGCAGAACCGGAGCAGUGGAAGCCUUUGACUUUUCAGACUAUCGUCCAGAGCUAGUCAGCAAAAUUACAGGCAUGGGCACUCGAGGACCAUAUGUCUUGACAAGUCAAACUCUGCAGACCUAUUUGAACAAAUUCAAGACCUCAGGAGAGGAUAGUAGUGUCAAGGUGGUGAUACACCUGACAGAUGGUGCCGAUGAAGGCAUGGGCGAACUUCAAGAUGCAUCAUUAAAGUUGCAGAGUUCAGGUGUGAAGUCUCUGCUCUUUGUUGGACUUGAAAAUGCUGCCAAGUUUGAGCAACUGACAAAUUUAGAUUUUGGCCGAGGAUUCAAGUAUGGCACCCCACUGUAUGUGAAUCAAGUAGAUCUGGAAUACGUCAUUGUAGAUGAAUUGGACAACAUUGCAGAAAAAGGGUGUUGCGGAGUACCAUGCAAGUGCUCUGGAGAGAGAGGUGAUUAUGGACACACUGGUCCCAUUGGGAAAAAGGGUGAACCAGGUAUGAAAGGACACAGAGGAUUCCCAGGUGAAGAAGGAGGUCCAGGAGAAAGAGGACCUCCUGGUGUUAACGGAACUCAAGGUUUCCAGGGAUGCCCUGGCCCACGAGGAAUGAAGGGAAAUCGUGGAAUCCCAGGAGAUAAGGGUGAAGUAGGAGAGAUGGGUCUGGAUGGUAUUGAAGGAGAAGAGGGUAAACGAGGAAUACCUGGAACUUCUGGUGAGAAAGGCAGUUACGGACCACGGGGAGAAAAAGGUACGAAAGGAACUAAAGGAGAAAGAGGAGAUUCUGGUCUGCGCGGAGAUCCUGGUGAGCCAGGCACAGAUGAAUCACAGAGGGGACCAAAAGGAGGAAAAGGAGAAACUGGACCCGUGGGAGACCCUGGAAGAGAUGGCACAUCAGGAACAGCAGGAGAUGGUGGCAAAGUGGGUCCUGUUGGCAGAAGGGGACCUCCCGGACCUAAAGGUAAUAGAGGCAAUCCAGGUCUUGCAGGUGGAGCUGGGGAGCAGGGUCUCAGAGGACCACAGGGUCCACCAGGAGAACAGGGUGCUCCAGGCACCAUCGGAGAGCAAGGCCUUCCUGGACCAAGGGGACCCGGCGGCAUUGCUGGAACUCCUGGUGAUCGUGGAAGAGUUGGGCCACUUGGGCACAAGGGCGAACCUGGAGAUCCUGGAAUCAAGGGAUCUGAGGGACCUGCUGGGCCACGUGGAGAGACAGGAGAUGAUGGACGAGAUGGAGUUGGGAAAGCAGGACUUAAAGGAAGAAAAGGAGAGACUGGAUUCCCAGGAUACCCCGGAUUAAAGGGAGAUGCUGGGGACAAAGGACCAAAUGGUGAGCUUGGACCUAAAGGAAACCGAGGUCGUCGGGGCAAUGCUGGAAGUCCUGGAACAGGUGGGGUGAAAGGAGACCCAGGAUAUUCAGGGCCAUCAGGAUUGAAGGGAGAAAGAGGAGGGUCAAGAGAUCAAUGUGCUUUGGUGAAGAACAUCAAGGACAAAUGCCCUUGCUGCUAUGGUCCUAAGGAAUGUCCUGUUUUCCCUACUGACCUGGUUUUCGCUGUUGACACAUCAUCAGAUGUGAACCGCAAUCAGUUCAACAAUAUGAAGCAGUUAAUGCAGAGAGUGAUAAACAAGGUAUCUAUUACUGACAGCAACUGCCCCAGAGGAGCCCGAGUCGCUAUGGUUACCUACAACAGUGACAUCACCACCGAAAUUCGCUUCUCAGAUGCUCUUCGUAAGCCAGCACUCCUCGAGAGAAUCGAUAACAUGCAAAUCACACAAACCACCAAACAGCGGAGUCUAGAUGGUGCCAUGUCCUUUGUGGCACGGAAUACAUUCAAACGAGCCCGCGGUGGAUUCCUGAUCAGAAAGGUGGCUGUGUUCUUCAGCAAUGGACCCACAAGGGCUUCUCCACAGCUCAAUGAGGCUGUAUUAAAAUUGUAUGAUGCUGGAGUGUCAUCUGUUUUCCUCACAAAUAGGGAGGACAGAGCGCUGUCUAAUGCUCUGCAGGUUAAUAACACAGUUGUGGGUGAAGCCAUAGUGCUCAGUACUGCUGCUGCUCAAUUUAAUCAAACAAUCCAAAAAGUCCUGGCCUGCCACAUCUGCCUAGACGUGUGUGAACCUGACGGUUCGUGUGGUGUUGGUGCUUCUAGAUUAGAUUUACGUCAGAGGCGUUCUGCCUCCACUGAUCUUGAUGUUGACUUUGCCUUUCUUAUUGAUAGCUCUGAGUCCACCACGCCAGCUCAGUUUGCAGAGAUAAAGAAAUUUGUUUCUCAUGUUGUGGGUCAAUUCGAACUUAGCUCGGAUCCCAAAUCUUCCUCCCACCAUGCCCGCGUCUCGAUAUUGCAACAAGCUCCUUAUGAACAUCAGAGUAAUCAUAGCCUUCCCCCGGUGCGGGUGGAUGUAGGUCUGAUUGAGUACACAUCUAAAGACCAACUGCAGACCUUUAUCCUAAGUAAGAUGACCCAGUUGUAUGGAACAAGGUCAUUAAACAGUGCUAUCAAAUAUGUUGUAGAAAAUGUGUUUGAGAAUGCACCCAACCCCAGAGCCAUGAAGGUUUUAUUCCUCAUCCUAACUGGAGAAGUAAAGGCUCAUGAACUACACCAGCUACGUCAAACAGUCAACGAGGCCAAGUGCAAGGGAUUCUUUAUCACCAUUCUAAGCAUCGGGAAGAAGGUGAACGCUGGGAAGUUGCACACAUUGGCUAGUGAGCCUCAUGAUGUUUUCUCCAAGAAGGCAGAUAAGCCAUCUGAGCUUCAUGAGGAUACUCUACUAAGGUUUGGGCUUCAGUUGCCAGGAUUCAUCACCAGUGAGAAUGCAUUCCAUCUUUCUCCUGAAAUACAGAAGCAAUGUGACUGGUUCCAAAAUGAUCAGCCAGUGAAGAUCCCAGUUCCACAGAAUGAGACUCGCCAAGAGCAGCUACUCACAGCUGAUGUGCCAGAUGAAUUGCUGUCCAGUAAAACACCAGACGUCACAAUGAUACAAGCAAGCACAGAAUCACCAAAAGAUUAUACCCCUUCACCAGUAGCUAAAGAAAUUCCAAGUUCUGGGCUUCAGGUAUCUGAUGUGACAGAAAGCACUGCAUAUCUAAAUUGGGCUAGCUUAGAUCCCCAUCAACCUCAGCUCUAUGAUGUAAGCAUAAUUUCUCUGAGUGACAAUUCUAUAGUCCAGAGGCUGAAUGUCACAAGCACUGAGAUUCUCAUCGGAGGGCUGCAAAGUGAACAUCAGUACCAGAUUACCAUAACAGGGAACCACAAGAUUCAUGGCCGUGUCACCUACAAAGCAAUAUUCACUACCGAUAAAGCUCAAGUAAAACUACAAGCCGAAGCAAACACAGAGACACUCAACACUCCUGAUAUUGAUCCUUGUGGGCUAGAGCUGGAGAUGGGCAACCAGUGCAUGGAGAUUGAGGUUAAGUGGUACUUUGAAAAGACAAACAAGAUUUGCACUCAGUUUUGGUAUGGUGGUUGUGGUGGCAAUACCAAUAGAUUUGACACAGAAGCUGAGUGCCUUAGCAGGUGUCAAAGAAGAACGGAGCAUAAAAUUGUUCAGGCACCAGCGCUGGAAUCAAAGUCACUGCCAGGAUCAGAUAUCUGUAACUUGGAGAAAGAUGGAGGGACAUGCCGAGUCCAUAUCCUGAAGUGGUACUACGACCCAAAAACCAAGAGCUGCACUCGGUUCUGGUACGGGGGCUGUGGAGGAAAUGGUAACCGGUUUGAUACACAGAAAGACUGUGAAAAAGCUUGUAUCCCAGUGCCUUUGAACCCUGGCGUGGUCUCUUCUAUUGGAACAUAAGAAGACCCCAAUGUUUACCUCUCGAGGGGAGAGAGCCCACCACACACUGCCCCUCCUCUUACACUUUACCCCUGCCAGCCUACCCCUCUGUGGGUUAAAGGGGGGUGCUCACAAGAUUUAUCAAUAUGGUGCUAAUUCCUCUGUGGACUUGUGAAGACUGCCACUGGCAUCUUUAACCCUUUCACUGCUGGAGAAAUUUCAGUGGUACUUAUCCUUAACACCUCAAUGCAACAAUGGUCUAGCCACCUCUGCAGCUCUGAAAGGGUUACUUGGGGCUUCAGAUGCCCUGUAUCGUCACAUAGCAGCUGGUACAAAGGGUUCUAUUUUUUUUUUUUUGUUCAUGUCGGAGACCCCACUUUCAAAUCUCCUAUCCAGAGACACCUUACUCCUCUAAACAACACCUGCUUCAUUCUUCAGCCUCUAUUUUCAGUCUGUUAGCUUGUUGUUAGUUUAUUAACCCUUACUCUGCCAGGGAAACUUAUAGUGCACAAAGUAUCUUACCAAUAAAUUGUGAGGCCCAUCUUAGUGACAUAUAGUAUAAUGCAAAGCACUUUCCUCCUCUGCUACUCAGCAAAGCAUUGUGGGUACACAUUUUCUCAACUUAGCCUCAAGAUUUUAAAUUGUGUCAGUCUUUGGGGAAAUGACGGGUGUUUGCCCGUUUUUCUGCCAGAAUGGGCUACCAGGAAUUGCAGAGCAAUGUGUUGCAGUCCACUCUGGUAGCAAAAGGGUUAAGCUCUUUAGGUUUUUACCACUUUAUAAUAUAGAAGUUGAUUUCUGCUGGUAAAUGGCAAUCAUAAAAUGCACUGUUGCUGCAGUCGAUACAGAAGAACGCAACUUUAUUACAGUUUUUGGUUGGGUGUAUUAUUAUUUUUUUUCUAUUUUCGGGUUGAAAUUUAAAUGUUAUAAAUUUUGGAAAUUGGGGAUAAUUCAUGUUCCAGGAGUGUUUUAUUUUUGUUAAUGAAUGGAGAUGUUACAAACCAAGUUUGAAUAAAGGCUGAAGAGGUG